AUGAUGACAACUCCAGUGACCGGUGCCGAAAAAUCUCCGGGUGGAAAUGGCUCUGGUCGCGCCGAAAGAAGUCCUGACCAGAGUAGAUCGAUAGACGUGCACGUUAACGGCAAUGAUGCUGAAUUUUCCGCUGGAGGGCAGAAUAUGUCUUCGUCCCUCGACUGCGGGGAAGCCGAAUCUGCCAUAGGAAUUGCUCGCAGAAUUUGUCAACUUGGCAGCCAUAACAUCGAUGAACAAACCACAUCCGCAAUUCCUGGCUAUCAGGCCAGCAGCGGUGGCUCCGUGGUAAAUUCGGCAACUGGCCAACGCAUUCCGAUCUCUUCCAUCUUGAGGCAGCCGUUCCCUCCCAUGGAACUCGUAUACAGUCUGUUGGAAGAUUAUUUUGAUGCUAUACACUGGUUUUCUCUCGCCAUUUACGAGCCAAAAUUCAGAAAGAGCCUCCUUUCCAUUGCGGAUGGCUCUGCAUAUCCCUCACAAAGACCGUUUCUCGUACUGUUAGCCAUGAUGCUUGCAAUGGCAUCAUGGUACCGCUCCCAGAGAAGUUUUGCCGAUCUGGCUGAUAACAACGAUUAUAUGGAGAAAUUAAGUGCGGACUUGCUGGGGCUGGUUGAGUCCAAUCUGGUGGAAUUGAUGGACCAACCUUCAAUCACCUCCGCCCAGACCUGCAUUCUCUUAGGAUCGCAUCACGUCUAUCACGGCCGUCCAAAUCUCUCCUUUUCCUUAUUAGGAGCAACGAUAAAGAUGGCUCAGUCCUUAGGAAUGCAUCGGGGGCUUGGACGGGGCGAGUUCGAAAAUAUCGAGGAAAGAAAAAGAGUGUGGUGGACGAUCUACACAUGGGAUAGGUUCGCGUCAAUUACCUAUGGCCGUCCACUGGGCAUAAACGACAAGGAUUGCAAUCUUGACAUGCCAGCGGAUGUGUUCGAGAACCCUAAGUUUGUUGCUCCAGCCACCGGUCAGACUAGCCCCAUAUGCUAUUCAACUUACCAGAGGGAGUUAAAUCAGCUGUAUUUGAUUGCAUCGCCUGCCCUCAAGACCGUUUUUGGCUCACGGACUCUCAGGACGUCCGAACAGCUAAACGGCGACACAUAUUUUGCAUUAGUCAGGCACGCCACCGAGAACCUCCAGAAAUGGCGAUCAUGCCUACCGAGCCAUCUAGCCUUGGAUGUUGAUCGAGACUUUGGGCCCGAUGAUAGACCGAGCUUGAGAGCACACGCCUUGCAGUCCUUGUCGCUACAACUGACUUACGACAACGUUCUAAUUGUGUUGCAUCGGCCUUUGCUGGCACGGCAGGUCGAUCAUCUCUAUACCGUGAAUAAGCAAUCACCAGAGGAAAGCAUCACAGAUAGGAUUAUGUAUCAUCCGAGCACCGCUCCAUCCGUGGCCCGGUCGAACCCAUCUCUCGACUCCACAUUCCCCAAUACCCAGGCUACAAGUCCGGAUCUAUGGAUGAAUGCCGCAACAAGAACAUCGAGGGUAACCGAAAUGCCUGUUCUAGCCCAGCUUGCCACCGACAGUCAUCUCGGCGCCUUUCUUGCCAUCAACCUAUUCAACGCCGCAAUCGUUUUGGCUGUCAUGGCUCUCUCAGAGCCUCUUUCCGAUACCGCUCAGGAAGUGAAGCGCACAAUUACUCGCAUUCUUCGUCUGCAGGAUCUGCUCGGUAGACGGUUUGCACUAUCGAAACAAAGCACGGCUGUGCUGAAGAACGUUGUUAUCAUGCUCCUCCGUCGUGAAUCUGCUGCCAUGCUUGCUCCGAUUACCGGAACAAGCCAGGUAAUGGGUCACCAACCUUUACAGACCAUGCCAGAUCCGUCAUUGAUUUCUGUUGAAGAUACACUUCGGAUGCCGCUUGAUGCGGCCUGGGAUUCUCGCAAUCCUCUUGCUAGAGACCAACGUUUACCGGAUCUCAGUAGGGCUGAUCGCCUUAACAACAGCUUAACAUCUGUCCAAUAUGCCUUGGGUCCAGGGGAUCGCUCCGGCAUUCCUGUUGGUGGAGAUAACAAUCAAUUUCGUGAGUUGGUUGAGCCAGGCAUACAAACACAUGAAGUAUGGCAGCCAGCAGAAUACGAUUGGAGUAUGCCUGGUCAGUCUCGGCAGGCUCUAGAAAACAACCAACAGGAUACUAUUGAAGGUGGGUUGUAUUGGUUAUGGGACAUGACGUGGAAUGGAGCUGGAGGGUGA